AGCACCCAAGAUGGAGCCUCAGGAACAUGAGAAGCAGAAGGCUUCACUCUCUGCCCAGUCCAGUCCUGGAAGAACUGUCACAGAGGAUGAGGAAGAGUUAAAAACAAGCCUUGGAGGAGAAGAGGAGGAAGCAAAGAGAACUGUCAAGACAGAUGGGGGCGAGUACAUGUCUCCCACAAGCCAACCCAAGGAAGAUGGCAGUGGCGAGAUGGAAGUGCCACAAGUGAAGCAGGAUGUGGCCAGCAACCAGACUCCAAAGCAUCCCACCCCACAAGGGCUGGCAAAAGACACAGAGCUCCGGGCAGAAAGAAGAGCCUUGGAGCAGGACACUUGGCAGCCUCUGCAGGAGCCAGAGAAUCUGUAUGAUGAUGUUGAGGAGAUUCAAGACAGGCUGAGCCACAUGUCAGAUGCCUCAGGCUCGUUUGCUUCAGCCAGCAGGAGCAGCCAUGAAGAAACCUAUGAAGAUGUUGAAGCUGUGGGUGAUAAUCCAGGAAAAUCAGAAGCAGAAAAACAAAAGAGAUUUGGAAACCUGUUCAAGCUGAGGCUGAAGAAUUUCAAGAUUAAGGGGAACUUAAGGUUGGUUUCCCUUUCAGUACCAAACUUAGCUGCUUCCCAGGCGGACACGGUGGUGUACGACGAUGUCGAGGUGGAGCAGAAGGAUCCAAGAGAGAAGGAUGACAAGUCCAAAAACUGGGUGCCAAAAUUCCUGAUGGCGAAAGAGGAGAAGGAGCGGAGGAAAAGCAGCGACAACCUGGAAAGAAAUCUCUUCAAAGUCAAGAAGAGCAAUGCAGAGAAAAGCGAGAGGAUGGAAAAGGAGGAGAAGCUUUUCAGAGAGACAUUUCUGUACGAGAAGGAGAUCACCGUGGUCAGCACAGCCGUAGCCGAGCGCUCGGUGCCCAGCAGGAGGAGAGUUGAUCUCCCAGUCACAGCUGGGGAGCAGCUGGAGGUGAUCGACGCCGCGGAGGGCAGCGCAGUGAUCUGCCGCAACUCGCAGGGCCGCUAUGGAUAUGUUCUGGUGGAGCAUUUGAACUUCAGGCCCCACUAGCUGCUUCUGCUGAAGGUCUCUUUUGUGCUUCCUGCAUCCAUGAGCCUGACUUGAUCAGCUGUGGAGCGAUGAUGUGCCUGUAAAUAAAGUUCUGCUUCAUACUCUUCCACUGUUUAAACAGGCAAGAA